GUCAGUCGGAUCCGAGAACGACGAUUGGCUUUCCUUGACCGUCCCUCAAGCACCUCCCCGGAGAUGGUCUGAGGUGGGAGAAGAGCUGAAGAGACCCGGAGCCGACGGAUGGGUGAAGGCCAUGCCGCCUCCUGGGAAAGUUCCUCGGAAGGAGAAUCUGUGGCUCCAGUGUGAGUGGGGGUCCUGCUCCUUUGUGUGCUCAGCCAUGGAAAAGUUCUUUGAGCAUGUCACUCAGCACCUGCAGCAGCACCUGCACGGCCCUGGGGAGGAGGAGGAAGAGGAAGAGGAGGAUGACCCACUUGAGGAAGAAUUCUCCUGCUUGUGGCAGGAAUGUGGCUUUUGUUCUCUGGACAAUUCUGCUGACCUCAUCCGCCAUGUCUACUUCCACUGCUACCACACCAAGCUGAAACAGUGGGGGCUGCAGGCCUUGCAAAGCCAGGCUGACCUCGGCCCCUGCAUCCUGGACUUCCAGAGCCGGAACGUCAUCCCUGAUAUCCCUGACCACUUCCUGUGUCUGUGGGAGCACUGUGAGAGUUCCUUCGACAAUCCUGAGUGGUUUUAUCGGCAUGUGGAAGCACACAGUCUGUGCUGUGAAUAUGAAGCAGUCGGCAAGGACAACCCUGUGGUGCUGUGUGGCUGGAAAGGCUGUACCUGCACCUUCAAGGACCGCAGUAAACUUCGGGAGCACCUCCGCAGCCAUACCCAGGAGAAAGUGGUAGCCUGCCCCACCUGUGGGGGCAUGUUUGCCAACAAUACCAAGUUCUUAGAUCACAUCCGUCGCCAGACCUCAUUGGAUCAGCAGCACUUCCAGUGUUCUCACUGUUCCAAGAGAUUUGCCACGGAGCGGCUGUUGCGGGACCACAUGCGCAACCAUGUGAAUCACUAUAAGUGCCCUCUGUGUGACAUGACCUGCCCGCUGCCUUCCUCCCUCCGCAACCACAUGCGCUUUCGUCACAGUGAGGACCGGCCCUUUAAAUGUGACUGUUGUGACUACAGCUGCAAGAAUCUUAUUGAUCUCCAGAAGCACCUGGAUACCCACAGUGAGGAGCCAGCCUACAGGUGUGAUUUUGAGAACUGCACCUUCACUGCUCGCUCCCUCUGCUCUAUCAAGUCCCAUUACCGCAAAGUACACGAAGGAGACUCUGAGCCAAGGUACAAAUGUCAUGUGUGUGACAAAUGCUUCACACGGGGCAACAACCUCACCGUGCACCUUCGCAAGAAGCACCAGUUCAAGUGGCCCUCAGGGCAUCCCCGUUUUCGGUACAAGGAACAUGAAGAUGGCUAUAUGCGGCUGCAGCUGGUUCGCUACGAGAGUGUAGAGCUGACACAGCAACUGCUGCGGCAACCACAGGAGGGAUCGGGCCUGGGAACGUCGCUGAACGAGAGCAGCCUGCAGGGCAUUAUUCUGGAAACAGUGCCAGGGGAGCCAGGACGUAAGGAAGAGGAAGAGGAGGGCAAGGUUGGCGACGGGACAGCCCUCUCAGCCUCUCAGGACAACCCCAGUUCUGUCAUCCAUGUGGUGAAUCAGACCAAUGCCCAAGGCCAGCAAGAGAUUGUCUACUAUGUGCUGUCUGAAGCCCCAGGAGAGCCUCCCCCAGCCCCUGAGCCACCCUCAGGGGGCAUCAUGGAAAAGCUUCAAGGAAUAGCUGAGGAGCCAGAGAUCCAGAUGGUUUGAAGGCCGCAGAGCCAGACCAUUUCUUCUCCAGGUCCUGGAGUUUGAGCCAGGCAAGUGGCUGUGCCCCUAGUGGACAGCCGUUGCCAAUGGAUGCCUUUAGGAGUGGUGCUGAGAGCAGUGUGGUCCACUCUGGUCUGGGUUUGCAUCAUUCUAUGGACUCUAAAGACUUCCCUUUUCUGCCAGACUGCAUUUUGUGGGGAGCCUGAGGACUUUGGAUUCUUUGAGGGGAUCCUAGAUGUGUGUGUUCUUGUUAAAGAGGCUCUUAUCAGGCUUAACCAUAACCCUCAAGACAUGCUUGACGGUGAUUAAAUCCUUAGCUCACAUCCAUUCCCAUCUUUAGGGCUCCUUAGGCCCAAAGAUGGCAUGUGACUGGUCCCUACAAGGGUCCUUUCUUUGUUGCCAGCCAAGGCAUUGAGAACCAAUUAGCCAUUUUCCUCUUAAGGUUUCCUCUACAACCCCAAGGACUUUCAUGAUUAUCCUCAGGGACAGGAUAGGAGGCAUUGAGCGUGUUUAUUAACAAAUUGUUUUUGGUAAUAAAAGAAAUGCUUGGACUCUUA